UAUAUAAUUUGGAUUUUUUGUAACUAAUGUGUUGAUAGAAUGUUGUUUGUUACAUUGUUGCAUAGGUCUAUUGCUGUUUUUGUGCUAAACAAAGCCAAACAGUGGACCUCAGCCUGCCUGUGGCUUGUUUGUUUGUUGCCUUUGACUGCGAGCUUAUAACGCGACCCUUGUCACAUGACCCUGAGCAGCCUGUUCCUCCCUUCCGCCACCCCUCCAUGCUGGAAUAGUGUACAGCCCGUGGCCCGCUGCUGGAACCCGAUUGUGUCCUGGGGGCGCUUCAGCUCAGGGAUUACCAGAGAGCUGCUCGUCCACAUUCAUUCCUACCGCUCACUCACGCUUAUCAGCAUCAAUCUGACACUUUAUUUAUCUGACACUGCACUCAGUUCUGCUUUGCUAAGAGAAAAACUCACAAAAAAGUCCCCCUCCAUCAGCACUUUUCUUUGUGGGAGCAGGGGUGCAGCUUUUAGUGGCCUGUCCGGCCCAUCCUAAUCCUCAGUCCCAGCCCAGUGACCAGAGCUACGGCCUGUGUUUGUCAUCCAGCACAGUGCCGAGCCUCAUCGUUGUCUCUCUCUGCUCCAUGUCGAUUUGAGUUUUGUGGGGUCUGAUCGCUUCCCUUUCUUACCCAGCUGUUCCCAUGUCACUUGUGACUGAACCUUGAGAGACGUACUAGACGGAUAGUCGCUGUGGCUGUUUUAGUGUUUUAAGUGUGAGCGAGUCUGUUUUUGUGGAUUCUGUCAGUGUUCAUUUGAGAUUUACUGACUAGUGAAGUGCUGAAGAAAAUGGCUUCGUUUAAGCUGGAUUUUCUGCCAGAGAUGAUGGUGGACCAUUGCAGUUUGAGUUCCAGCUCAGUAACCAAGAAGAUGAAUGGGUCUCUGGACCACCCAGACCAGCCCGACAUUGAUGCUAUAAAGAUGUUUGUGGGUCAGAUCCCCCGGACGUGGUCAGAGGAUCAGCUGCGUGAGCUGUUUGAGCCCUAUGGCGCAGUUUAUGAAAUCAAUGUUCUUCGGGACAGGAGUCAGAACCCCCCACAGAGUAAAGGUUGUUGUUUUAUCACGUAUUACACCCGUAAAUCUGCAUUAGAAGCACAAAAUGCCCUUCACAACAUGAAGAUUCUUCCAGGGAUGCAUCAUCCCAUACAGAUGAAGCCUGCAGACAGUGAGAAAAACAAUGCGAUAGAAGACCGAAAGCUGUUUGUUGGAAUGAUUUCAAAGAAGUGCAAUGAGAAUGACAUAAGGCUCAUGUUUUCUCCAUACGGCCAAAUUGAGGAGUGCCGCAUACUGAGAGGCCCUGACGGACUGAGCCGUGGCUGUGCCUUCGUCACAUUCACAGCGAGACAGAUGGCCCAGUCUGCCAUCAAAUCCAUGCACCAGUCACAGACCAUGGAGGGCUGUUCUUCUCCCAUUGUGGUAAAGUUUGCAGACACGCAGAAGGAUAAAGAACAGAAACGUAUCACCCAACAGCUGCAGCAACAGAUGCAACAGCUCAAUGCUGCCUCCAUGUGGGGAAAUCUCACAGGACUGAACUCACUAGGGCCACAGUAUCUUGCACUUUAUUUGCAGCUUCUACAACAGUCUGCAUCCUCUGGAAAUGCGCUCAACAAUCUCCAUCCAAUGUCAGGUCUGAAUGCCAUGCAGAAUCUGGCUGCAUUGGCGGCGGCAGCAAGUGCUACGCAGGCCACCCCUACAGGUAGCAGUGCUCUGACCACUUCCAGCUCCCCUCUCAGCGUCCUCACCAGCUCAGCGGGUUCCUCUCCCACCUCCAGUACUAGUUCUUCUGUGAACCCUAUGGCGUCUUUAGGUGCUCUUCAGUCUCUUGCUGCGGGUGCUGGAGCAGGUCUCAACAUGAGCUCCCUAGCAAGCAUGGCUGCUCUGAAUGGUGGUCUGGGCAGCGGAGGUCUCUCGAACGGCUCGGGCAGUGCUAUGGAGGCUCUGACUCAGGCAGCCUAUUCUGGGAUCCAGCAGUAUGCCGCUGCCGCUCUGCCCAACCUCUACAGUCAGAGUUUACUGUCCCAGCAGAACGUCAGUGCCGCUGGCAGCCAGAAGGAAGGCCCCGAAGGAGCAAACUUGUUCAUCUACCAUCUGCCACAAGAGUUUGGUGAUCAGGAUUUGCUGCAGAUGUUUAUGCCUUUUGGCAAUGUGAUCUCUGCCAAGGUCUUUAUUGACAAACAGACCAACCUUAGCAAGUGUUUUGGCUUUGUUAGUUACGACAAUCCAGUUUCGUCCCAGGCGGCCAUUCAGUCAAUGAACGGUUUUCAGAUUGGGAUGAAGCGGCUGAAGGUGCAACUUAAACGAUCCAAAAAUGACAGCAAGCCAUACUGAGUGAUUUUACUCUCAAAUGGACUUGGUUUGAAAUUGUUUUUCUGGUAAGUGGAGUGUGACGUUGCAAAGUUAGAAUGACCCCACCCACCCUUAACACCCGCCUUUCCUAAUCCUCCUUUUACUUCUCUGGCCUUUCCUACACACCUUCUCUCUUAACCUUCAAAACAAAGACAACAUGCAAAUUGUUAAGAAUUUGUUCCAAGGAGUAAAGAGUUCAAUUUUGUUUUCCACAUUUAUAGAUCUAAUUGUUUUGUUGAUCUUUUAUUUUCCCUUGCGUCUUUUUUAUUUUUAUUUUGGUGCCAUAUUACAAGUUUGCUGUGUAUAAAUCUUGCAUCAAAGGAUGUUGCACAAUGAAAGCCAGCCUGUGUGACUGCUUUCAGUCCCUGUAGAUGUCCUCCUGUGUUUACACUAGACUCUUGUAGUACAUUCGGACAGUGUAAUGCUGAUGCCUCCUACAAUGCUGCCUUUCUAGAAAACGAAGGAGGCUUGCUGCAUCAGUGCAAAAGAUAAUCAGUCAGUCACCUGAAUAUUGUUUUGAGCAUCUGGAAGGUCAGGCUGCACUCCACUAGACUCCGUUUUCAUGGAUGCCUUUUUAUUUCAUUCAUGUAUUUAUUUCACUAAUUUAUUUAUUUAUUUUUAAUGUAUCUUUGUCUUUACAUUGACGGUGAUGUAACAUUGCUUCAAAGUGUGUUUUAUGUAUUCUGUUGGAGGGCUUAGCUAAAAACAGUGAUGUUGAUGCUUUGUUUGUUUUUAAUCACAUUCAUAUUUUUACAUUCUAAAAGGACAAACACUAAGCAAGGGUAUUAUAUCACAUGUUGGUUCAUAGAUGGUGGUUAAUCAUUCAGUAUUGCUAGUUUGCAGGAGAUGCUACACUUACUCUCAGGACAUUCUCCCCAUUCUGUCAGACCAAAACUUCUCGCCUAUUAUUCUACUCGCCUGGUACAUGAACAUUUCUAAAGAAUAUGUAUAAGAAUAUGAAAUAAGUGACGGAGUGCUUCAUUUCAGUUCACCUAUCCUUUCUUAAAGCCUCAAAUGAAAACGAAACUUUUUUUGACCCAAGAUUUUUGAUGAAGAAUCACAUUAUGGUAGCACAUAUGGUUUUAAAAUGGCAUUUGUAUUGAUUUUUUUUUUAGCAAAGACACAAUCUACAACACGCUUUUUACUUUGAUGGUCAUUUGAUACGUUAUCCUACGCCUCAAUUGAGGAGGUUGCCGUUGAAGCUUUUAGCAAUAUUUGCAUUCUGGAGAGGAGUGAGAGACGAUACUGCCAAGAAAAGAAAGAAAGAGGGAAGUUUACAAUUGCUGAAUUCACAGCCGCUUAAUUUGAGUCCGAAUAAUUUGAACCGAAAUUUCCUAACUUUGGUGGCAAGUGUUCAAGAAGUAUUUUAUCUCUGUGUUUGCAGGUGGUCUCUUGUACCCUGGUGUAUGGAGACUCGUCCUGCAAUCCUAUUCUAGUUUGUAUUUCUUGCUUCGGUUGAUCAUGGCAGUAAAUAAGUGUUCAAAUCCUAAUCAAAUGUUAAUGCCAAUCUGGGUCCUGCAGGGUCAUGAGGUAAGAUUGUUUUUAUGGCAACUGAGAAGAAAACGUUAUCCAGAUAGUGUAUAUUACUUAACUAUUAUGCCUUUUUCUAUUUUUAUAGAGGUUUUAUAAUAUUGCCUAAAUAAUUUCUCUGAAUUAAAAUGGUUGUUUAAAAAAAAAAAUCAACUUAAAAGAUUCAACAGUGUUUUUGUAGAAUCCUAAUGUGAAGUUUUGUGGAUAUAUUCACCGAUUGUUUAAACAAUCUGAUGUGUGGCCCUUUUCACUCGUAGUGGCGUCUGUUUAGUCCAACAAAAAAAAUAUAUAUAAUUUUUUUUUGUACUAUUUUUAAUUUUUUUAUUUAUUUAUUUUUUUUUAGUCUGAGGCAAAUCCAUGGUUCAGUCUAAAGUUUAUACUUCGUGUAAUAUCUCUAAACUAAGUACAUCAUUUACAUGUGUAGUGACGAAUGCUGAAAUGUUAUCAGAAGUCAUUUGUUUCAUUUCCUCACAACAUAACUUGAGCUCGGAGAGUGGCAAUUAGUGAAAAUUGUAUAUUUUAGACUAUUUUCUUUUGUUUUGCCAUUUACCUCACUAUUGUGGUCACUGUUCGACACGCUUGUAUUUAUUAACGGUGCUUUUUUAUUUUCUUUGAUUAUUUGCAAAUAAGCCAAUUCUUGUUAACCUCACUAUCUAUUAUGAACGAGUGCAGACACUCAUCUCAGUCCGGUGUGGAAACGAGUGUGCCACCAUCUGGCAACUUGUACAGAGAUGCCGGUCUGUACGCCUAUCAGUUUGUUUCAUACAUUAGAGACGCUUUAGACUGAACCCAGGUGUGAAGCGCUUAGAUGCUAGUGCAGGGAACGUCCACUCCCUGAUCUGUGCCUCUGUUAAAAUAAACACAUGAUUUACAUGCAUUACAAAACCAUUUAGUGGAAGAAAAAUGGGAGUGCAACACAAAUCACCAUUUUGAGCAAUCCAAAGAUUCUCGUGAACUUGUUCUAGGCAGGGAUUUUUGUUUGUUAGGCAGAAUUUUUUUCAUAGUUUUGUUCCUUUUUAUCCGGAGCAGAUUGCCUGGCGUUUGUGCAGAGGUCUGCGGAUUUGUGCGCCUUAAAACAGCUCACAAGUGCAGAGUCGUUCCACGAAUGUGCCAAACACAUCGAGUCUUAAAUUUCUGUAUACGUUUAAUGAUGAUACUCUGUGUCCCAUCAUGUUGUUGUCCUUCACGGAGUUCAAUGUAGCUAAAUUGUAUCCAUUUGUGUUUCCCAUGACGGGUGUUUUGUGAAUAAGAACCAGUAUGAGCAGCUCCAAAUAUGCAUUAUUCCACAGUCCCUCACAAUUCAAAAUUGAAGCACAAAAUAAAAGGACUUUCACUAAAGAGCUGAAACGUUGAAGCACAAUUUUUCUUUUUGUUUCUCUCUCUUUCCCUUGGUCUAAAAUCGAAAUGCAGUUGUGAGAAACAUUUGAAAUGUUGUCGUCGUAGCUGUAGUAGGCAAGUUGUGUUGUCUCUCUCGGUGUUGUCGUUGAUGUUUAAUGUUAUUCCCUUUGUUCACUAUUGGCACGGUGCUUAUCUCUCCAUCUUUCUUCCCACUUUUCUUCGUUUCCUGUGUUGCAUUCAAUGUUUUGUGUUUAGAUGAUGUGUGCACCUUUGAAAGCCCCCUUCUCAUGCAAACAUAAUCAUUCAUGAUUUUCUUUUUCAUCCCCUCUCCUUUUUCCAUUGUGCUUUAACCUAGGUUUAUUCGUUUUUUUGUUUUGUUUUGUUCUAGAUGUGCCCGUUUGUCAUCGUUUGCCUAGCAUGUCGAUGUGACGUCAAAAGUUCAUCGUCCAGUCCGUUGUCCUCUUCGCUUCUCUGACGCUUGAAAUUUCACACUUGACCUUUUUGUUAACUUUUGACGCUUAUUGAUUACUUAAUUUGUUUCUUUGUGUGAUGUUCAUUUGUCAUUUGUGCUGCCAAUAGGGAGCGUUAGAAAGACUGCUAAAAGUGUAAAAAGUUUCUUGAAAAUUGUUCUGAGCAAAGAGUCUAUUUUUCUAGAACGUACAAACAUAACCACUAGAUUUUUGCAGAAGCUUUUCAUUUUUCAGAUUUUGUUCUUUAUUGAUUUUUAUCGUUUUCCAGCAGUCUUCCUAGUGCUUCUAAUUGUACUCCUUUUUGAUUUUUGUUUUUCUUCUCAAAGCAGCCAUUCAGUUUUAUAGAAUCACUUUUGUGUGUUCAAGUGUGGGUGUGUUUCCCUCUUUCUCUCACUUGUUAGUUCUAAACCUUUUAGAGGAUGUUUUCGUCACAUUUUGCUGAAAUCGAGGAUAAACUUUGUAAUUUUGUGUUAGGUUAGUUGGCAUGAUGUAAUUUUGGGAGUAUCUAUUAACAGAGUGACAUUACAAUAGACACUUGAAUUGCCUUUUUCUUCUUUGUGUGUCGAGCCAACACAGGCACGUUUUUCAUUUCCUUAUUGUGUGAAAAUCAGGAUUAGUCUGAAAUAAUGCAUAGAAUGAGCAGAGUGGAAUUUCUUGUCACAGGUAAAUAUUAAGCGUGCAUGUUUUUUUUUUUUUUUUUUUUUUUUUUUUUUUUUGUAAGUGCACUGAAAUCCUCAGCAAAAUGUGAUCUAGUUCUGUUUCAAAAAGUCAAGGAAGUGACUUAAAAAUAAAGUGGUGCCAAAAGUUUUGCAUGUUGCUGUUGGUUACAUUUACAGCAUGUAAUUUUUACUGCUGCAAUGACAUGUGGUCUCAUUUUGAUGGUUUACGAUUUAAAAAAAAACAAUACAGUGUAUGUUUAGGUUAUGGGUCAAAAAUUGAAGUGGGUUUCAAAUGAGUCCUUUGAGAUAAAUUGUGCCUACGACAGCUAAAACAUGCUCUUCUUGAUGUUGUUCAGUUAAUGAAAAUGUGGUACAACCUUAUAGUUGGACUGUUUUACAGAGCUUGCAAGCAUUUUUUUUCUUUCCCAUUCUGACAUCUGUAUAAGUUGUGAAGUGUGAUUGGUAGAGCUCAACUGCAGCUUUGCCCCCUUAGCCUUUAGUUUAAAGGCAUAUCUCCACAAAUGAAGAGCUACAUUUUGGAAGUUUUUUUUUUUUUUUUUAAAGAUGUAUAAUUUGGGGGUUGAGGUGGUUGUUUUCUAUUUAGAUUUUAAGCUGCUGUUUUGUGAGUUUAAAUGUACUCUGAGAAAAUUUCCUGUGGGAUGUUUGUCAUUACUGGUACAGAGUGAUUGUAUUUAACAUUUAAGAUUUGUACAGAUUUUGCCUUUUCUACUCCAUAAGUUGUUUCAUAAUGUAAAUCCCAGUAAGUAGAAGCAUGUAGACCGUAACACCAUGACCAAACAUCAACCUGUACAAAGUAACCAAAAUGCAAACAAAAAUCAACUCCACAAAACAGCCUUUAACUGAAUUAAGAUGUUUUUAGUCGUUUUGUCAUUUAAGUUGUGUGUGGUUUUCAUUGGAAGUGUAGAGAGUGCAGAAUUGAUUAAAUGUCUGAAACAAAUGUGUUGUAUAAGGUUGGUUAAGGAUUUCACGCUACUGUCUCUACAGAAAUCUAGCAAAAUGGACACCCAUGAAGCAGUCAUCUGGUAGUUUAUCUUUAGUUUAUGUAUGAUUAAACUGUUUGAAAACAUUCA